UCUCCCUGUCUCUCUCCCUCUUUCGCUCUCCUCUCUCUCAUUCUCCCUCUCUCUGUGUUUUCCACUUGUGGUUGCUGUUGCUACUUGCUGCCGACAUCACUUGUCUUCUUUGUUCUUCAAGGGACUUCUGCUACUUUGAGGUUAUAACUGGGUUUCUAGGUUGGAGAAAUCGUGCCUGAAAAAUGACUAUGCACACUGUUUUCUUCAAGGAGCAUCAAGAAAAUGUUGCUCAGGACUCCGGCGCCGAUGGAUGUCUCUCGUCGGUGACGCCAUGGUCUGAACUCAGAUCUCAGCCGCAGCCGGCCGUGGCUUACACUGAGACUUUUGGCCAGUCAAAGAUGGCGUCGUUGGAGCUUUUCGCCGGUGCUAAGCAGCCGGAAGAACAUCAAUUUGGGCUCGCCGCAAAAGGGAAUACCACACCCUUUACCCUCUUCUCCGGUGACUACAAAGCUGCUGAUCAGAAAGCUCAAAUCCAGACAAUCACCAUGGAUGGAGGGCAUUUUGACAUUGGAUUCGGGCAGCCUUUGAUUUAUGGGAAAUAUCCUUAUGCAGAGCCCUUUUAUGGCGUCAACUCCAUCUACGGGGCUCAAGUUGCGGGGCGCAUCAUGUUGCCGAUGAGCAUGAGCGCUGAUGGAGGGCCGAUCUUCGUCAAUGCCAAGCAGCACAACGGCAUCAUGAGGCGACGAAGGAAGCGCGCCGAGGCCGAGCUGGAGAAUAAAGUUCUGAGAUAUCGCAAGCCUUAUCUGCACCUGUCCCGGCAUCUCCACGCAAUGCGGCGCCCUAGAGGCAACGGCGGGCGGUUCCUCAACACGAAGAACACUAGUGGCGGCAGCGAAAAGCCAGCCCUGAAGAGCAACACUACCACUGCUACAAUUACUUCUGCUACUACUACAGGUGAGUGCAGGAAACAGAGUGGAUCACAGGUAUCAGAAGUGCUGCAAAACGAUGGAGGAGGGAUUAAUUCGAAGGGAACGAAUAGCUACAGCAGCAGGUCGAUGAGUCCGAAUUCGGAAGUGACGAGUCACCACCACAUGUUUUUCUUGAGGGGCGGCAGCGGAGGUGGUGGUGGUGGCGGUGGCGGGGGCAGUGGUGCUCAGCAUCACCAUCAGUUUCAGAUUAAUCGGCUCCACCCUUCGUUUCAGCCGUUUCCGGAUGUGGCGGAUACCGAUCUCGGCAUCGCCAUGGCAGCUUCCGGUGAUUACUGAUUGAUGAGAGCGGGAAUUGGUGUCCUGUUGAGGGAGCCAUUCCCGUUUGGUGAUGAUGAUUUGUCGCUUGGGCAACUCAUUCUUGGCUACUCCAUUCAUUUGGAGAAUUUGAACUAUGUGUCUUGUCUGUGUCUGUGUCUGUGUAGCAUAAAUAAUGGAUGAAGCUUGUUGUUUGUUAAUGGCGUCGUCUGCAACUUGUCUAAAUUAUGUGAGACUUUGCUUGUGGUCCUCCGUCCAGACCAGAUAAGUAUGUGUAGUGUGGUUUUGUUUGGUUUGGUUUGGUUUUGUUUUGUUUUGUGUGAUCGUAUUUUGGUUAAAUCAAGAAUCGAGUCUGUAUUAUAAUCAGCA